GCCCCUGGCCCGUCGCGUGGCGUCAUAUUUCGUCACGGUGACGUCAAGUGCUGUGCUGGGCCUGGCGCGGCCCUAAGGCCCCGAGCGGAACGCGGCUUCUUCUCCUCCUCAGCCUUGUCCUCCCCUUUCACACCCCCCCUCCUCCUCUAUCUCUUCUUUCUCCUUCAACUCAACCUCCACCUCUUCCCUCAACUCCCCUUCCACCACUUCACCCACCUCCUCAACUCUCACCUCAUCCUCCACCUCUCUCACCUCCUCCACAUCCCCCACCACCACCACCACCUACCUCUUCCACCACUUUCUUCCCCUCCUCUUCCUCCGACUUCAUCAUCCACAACCACCUCUUCAUCCACCUCCUCCUCUCUGACUUCAUACAUCUCCCCCUCCUCGCCUCCCGCGUCACCCACCACCUGCCUCCGAUCCACCAACUUCAUCUCCAUCAUCACCACCACCACUUCUCACCACCACCUCCUCUCUCACCACAUUUGACCUCGCUCACCGACCUGGUCCACCACCAUGUCCACCAUGACAUCAAGCGAGACGAUCUGCAUCACGGCGGACGGCGUGGAGAUCCCGGCUGAGAUCGUUGAGCUGCAGGAGAUCGAGGUGGUCACCAUCCCCAUCGACGGCUCCCUGGGCGACGACGACGAAGAGUCUCUGGGCCUGGAGCCCCUGGGCUCGGGCGCCGACGACGACGUCCGCCACCAGGAGGUGAUCCUCGUGCAGACGCACGAAGAGGUGGUGGGCGAGGAGCUGCACGCCGUGAGCCUCGACCACAUCCUCAUCCCCGUGCCCGCGGGCCACGACGGCCUGGGUGAGGAGCCCCUGACCGAGCAGCACAAGGCCUUCAAGCGCAGCGGGGCCCACAAACGCGGCACCAAGAUCUCGGCGUCGGCAUCGCCCGCCGGGGGCGCCAAGCGCGGCGCGGGGGGCCUCCUAGAGGCCGAGGCCAAGUGCGCGGCCAAGUGGGACCACAAGCAGGUGCAGAUCAAGACCUCGGAGGGGGACUUCUCCGUCACCGUGUGGGCCUCGGAAGAUAAGAUGUCAGAGAUGGAGGAGAUGUCACUGGUGGAGGAGGUGAUCCCGCAGAGCUCCGUGGUGCUUGACGAGGUGGACGAGGUGCAUCAUCACUUCACGCAGCAGCGCAAGGGGUCGGCACCCGGGAUUCCCGGCAUCGACCUCGCCGACCCCAAACAGCUGGCGGAGUUUGCGAGCAAUCGUCACUGCCGACUACGAAAACUUGGCAGGACCCUCCGGAAAGGGAUUCUUGAGACUAGAAUGAAGCCUCUCAAAGUAGCCGACGUCGAAGUGGAUUCGUCAAAAACAAUCGCUUGUCCUCACAAGGGUUGCACCAAGAUGUUCCGCGACAACUCUGCAAUGAGGAAACACCUGCACACCCACGGGCCGCGUGUACACGUGUGCGCCGAGUGCGGCAAGGCCUUCGUCGAGAGCUCCAAACUCAAGCGGCACCAGCUGGUGCACACCGGAGAGCGGCCCUUCCAGUGCACGUUCGAAGGUUGCGGGAAGCGCUUCUCGCUGGAUUUCAACCUGCGCACGCACAUCCGAAUCCACACGGGAGACCGGCCGUACGUGUGUCCGUACGACAGCUGCAAUAAGAAGUUUGCCCAGUCCACCAACCUCAAGUCGCACAUCCUCACGCACACCAAGGCCAGGAAGAAAUGAGGCGCGUGGACGCUGUGCCGAGAGAGAGGCUGUCUCCGUCUCCCGCCACCUCCGUCUGGCAGCGCGCAGCCCCCAGAAACUGAAAUGAAAAAGGAAAUUCCUUUCGCACCCAACUUCCUCCAAAGACUGAAAUCAGGAAUGUUUCCGCAAUGUAAGAGUACCGCAUCGUUCCUGUCAUGGUUGUGUUGAUAUCAAAGGUAGCCGGUGCGGUUAGUUGAAGUGGAGACCCUCGCGGGCUGUGCUAACUCCAGUGUACUGCUUUUUCACAUGUACAUAUUUUUUCAGUUAAUGACUAACCUGUAAGCUGUACUAUGUUGUAUAUCCCUUUUUAUUGAUUUAAAAGUAAAAAAAACGCCAACUUAGAACAUGUUUGAGCACCCUGGUUAUCUUUAUUUAAACAUUGGCAAAUAGAGGCUCUUAUUAGUUGUCCUGCGUAAAUUUAAGGUAAUAACAAUUUUAGUCAUUUAUAUUUUCAGGUGAAUGCCUUUGAAGAAUUGGGACAGCAGGAAGUGCCCCUGUUGUGUCCGCGUUUAUCCCGGAGCCAGAGGCCGCACUCUUUUGGUGCAAAUUGUCAAACUCUAAAUUUUUUAUCGACAUUUUCAAGCUAAAAGCUGAAAUGCGCCUGGCACUAAGUAUUAUCGGACUGUUUUCACAAUCUAGCCAUUGUGUUUAAACAAUGCUGUUAUAACAACACCAAUCAUGACAACAUUACAAAUAACUCAUAAUAAACGCUCAGGUUGCGCACGACCCGCA